AUGGACGCCGUCAGCCAGGUCCCGGUGGAAGCCACGCUCCCCAAGCACAUCCUGGAUAUCUGGGUCAUUGUCCUCAUCAUCCUGGCCACCAUUGUCAUCAUGACCUCCCUGUUGCUGUGUCCGGCCACUGCAGUCAUUCUCUAUCGCAUGCGGACUCAUCCUGUCCUCAGUGGAGCCGUCUGAGAUCAGAUCUCCUAAGAGGGGCAAGGGAGUGAUGUGGAUGGUGUCCCCUCCCCCCACUUCUUCCUUCUCGGAAAAGCAGCAGGAGGGGCUUUGGAGUGUGGCCUCGGGAGCCUGCCGCGUGAGAGGAGACUGGGGUUCUGUUUGGAUUUUGCCACCAGCCAGCUGUGUGAGUUCAGGCAAGGGACCUAAUUCUGUGGGUUCCAGGUUCCUUCUCUUUUAAAUGGGGAUCAUGAUCCCUGCCCUUCCUACCUCAUAGGGUUGCAAGAACCAAUGACUUGGUGGGGGUUAAAGCUGUUGGUGAUUGUGAGCAGUAAAGCCCACCACAGAUACACAGGUGCUAUUGCUAAAUGCUGAGAAGCUUCGAAGAACCAAAGUACCUGAUCGCUGACGCUGGCCUUCAGGGGGGCGAGGAAGAUGCUGGGGGCAGAGCAGCCUUCGCCGGUGCCCCCCAGGUCAAACGAAGCAAAGGCACCCUGUCCUCAUUCCAAGGAGCCAGCAGCACUUUGGCUCAAAGUCAUUUUCUUUGUGGUGCCACUCCCUCAAGUUAUGGAAUUUGGAGGGAAUUGAGCGUGGCAGGGGGAGGGAGAUGGGUGGGACUUCCCAGGACCUUCUCUGUGCCAGAACAUCUACCCCUAUAACAAUCUAGAGGAGGCUGUGCCAUUUCUUGGCAGUGCCAAGGGACCUGGGGUGAUGGGCUUCUUUCUACAUUGGAGUCUCCUCACUUUGACACUCAAGCAAUGUUGGAAAACACAGGGUGGCUGAGUGGCCUGGGCAGCUUUCAGGAUGUCCAACCCCCACCCACUUGUGUGCCCCACACUCGAGGAGCUCUGUCCCCGCCGCCCCAGCACCCGCUGUAACUAGCUCCAUGGUGUGAAGUGUAAGCCCUUCAUUCCCUCCCACCAGCAAGCACUGCAGCCAGUCUAAGCUACAGAUUUUAAGAGAUGUUCCCGGACUGUUGGAACUAACUCAAAAACAAUGGUUAUUUUAGAUGCUAUGAUCUAUAUUUAUAGAGAGAGAUUUCUGGACCACUCAAGCUCCUUGACCAAAAUCAGGAGUAUCUUGGGAUGUAUUAAGUUAUGUAAAAAGAUAGCACAGAUAUCAGAAUAUUAUGUGGAAGUGAUGCUUUGACUUUGGUCUGACUUCAUUGAUGUAUACAACCAAUUUCCAAUAAAGUGCUAGAAUGAA